ACAGGCAGAGACUGGCUCUGGUCUGCCUUCAAGAGCGUCGAUCUGCCGAGAUGCUUUCAAGAUUGGGAAAAGCCAGAAUAUUAAUUUCCCUUCUGUGCAUCGCUGCCAUCGGGCUGAUCUCCAGAUCUUCAUGGGAUUCAUCUGUAUAUUCCUUGGGCCUCCAGAACUCCAGUCUCUGCGCCUGUCCCAGAUGUUUAACAGAGAGUGAUCCGUGGUUUCGGGAGCUUAUCAAGGCAUCUCCUCAGCCCUUUUUGUCAAAAAUCUUUACACCCUUAGAGGACGAUUUCAACUGGUGGAAGGGUAUGCAGGGGGAAAGGCGCAACUUCACUUUCUACAAAACAACAUUGGCCAAGCUUUUUAAGAUAUUCCCACCCUUUCCAAAUGUUGUAGAAGCCAGCCCUGAUCGCUGCAGGACUUGUGCUGUGGUGGGGAACUCUGGGAAUUUGAAGGGAUCACGUUAUGGGCCUCUCAUAGAUUAUCAUGAUAUCGUAAUAAGAAUGAAUCAUGGCCGUACUAAAGGCUAUGAAGCAGACGCUGGAACCAGAACGACUCAUCAUGUUAUGUAUCCUGAGAGUGCUAUUACUUUGGACAACACCACUCAUCUUGUGCUGUUUCCGUUCAAGAUGAGUGAUUUCCUGUGGCUCCUCAAGAAAUUCGAUACAGGAAAAAACAGUGCUGGGAACUCCAAGAGGAUAGCUAACAAGGAUUUGGUGAUGAUCCUCAAUCCAGCUUUCAUGAAAUAUGUGCAUGAAAUCUGGCUGGAGAAGAAGGGGAAGUAUCCAUCCACUGGCUUCCUGACUGUGGCUCUGAGCCUGCAGAUAUGUGAUGAGGUCCGCGUUUUUGGGUUUGGAGCAGACAGCGAAGGAAACUGGAGCCAUUACUUUGAAGUUCUCAAACUGAAAAUGCUGAGAACUGGACCUCAUGCGGGAGGGCAUGAAUAUGAGGUUAUUCAGCAACUACAGGAGAAGAAGAAAAUCGUCUUUUUUAAAGGAUUUUAAAGGAAUCAGCCUGCCAAGCUGCUCCUUUCCCAAUUGAGUUUCACUGAUUCAUUCGGCAUCAAAAGCUGAGUUAACCUCUGCAGUCAUGUGGAACUUGAAGGAUCUUCACAUUUGGCAGGCCCCCACAGAAUCGUGGUCCUUUUCUAUUGUGAUUGUAUUGUCUUGUUGUUGUUCUGUUAGUACUAUUAUAACUGCUACAACUACUACUAAAAGCCCAAUAAAAAUAACUUUUAAUGAAGUCUAAUCUGCGCCAAAGAUGUACAAUUUGACAGAAACAAACAUUUGGCAGGACACAGUUCUCAGAAACACUGUUGAAAACUUCCUCAAGGGGAGAGAAUAUUCCCCUAAAACAGUAGGUAGGCCAAUAGAUUUAAGAGAGGCUUUGUUAUUUUACACUUUAUUUUGCAAUAAAUAAACAAAUGUAAACGUCUUUACACUGGCCGGGGACAUAGUGUCUUUGAGUUGUUCGUGCAUCUGUAUAAACGUCUGUAGAUUUGUAU